CAGGGGCCUGCUGCGCCUACUGGUAGGCUCAGAGGGCUGUUAUCAUCCAUUCGCAUGGUUAAUCACGGAUAAAUACACGAGAAGACUCCAGAUCCAAUCCCAGAGCAAUCCAGGUCGCCGCUAACCGGAAGUCUGUUGGAUAACGGCAUAUGUAUACACAGAAUGCCUACUAUGAGCCGUUUUCCCUGGGGUUAUUCCUAUACUUACCUGAAGGCCAUAGCACCCAUGCUGUGUACAUGAAGGACAUGAAAGACAGCUCUGCACCGUCACUGUCAAUAUGUGUGUGUGUGAACCAGAAGCCUGCACUCUGCUACGGUAUGGGCUCUGGCCAGCAACAGCCGACAAGCCCCAGACAGCCUUUUUCCAUCCCUCUGCUAGAGCUUUUUGUUUGUCUGUCACUCGAGUGUCAGGUUUCUGUUGAGGGUUUUUGCAACACCCUACGCUGGAAAAACAACCUUACACUUGCAGAGGUUAUCGCACUCUACAGAGCCCUGGUGGGAGAAUCCAUAUCCCAGUUUAGGCAUUACCACUUUCGACAAAGAAGUUUGGUAGAUGUUUGCCCACACUUAGAUGAUGGGACCACAUGCCCAGCAUUUCCAAAGGCAGAUGGAGAUAUGAUAGUGACAUUGGAUGCCAACUUUGGCCUUGUGCGGAAGCAAAGCUCAGGGACAAGUGUGGUUGAGCCAUUUCAUGGAACCCGCAUGUUUGUUGAUGAAAACGAUGUAGAGGAAUGCCUUCUUUCACAUCCUGACAGCUCAAAGCCUAACGAGGACUGCAGUAACUUCAAGGCUGGCAAUGUUCUGAGGUCCCAACAACAAGCAAAGAAACUUGAUGUUACAGGAGGGUUUGGAGCUUCCUGUCGUCAUGAAAUGCCGCUAAUGUUUGUCAACAUGAGCCAAGGAGAAAAAUUAGCCUAUCCUCUGUAUGUCAUUGAUGAGCUUCUUCGAAGACGUGAGGACAAGAACAUACACCUCAGAGUAGUCUAUGACAUUGCCUGUGUUGUUGCCUCACAUUUGCGUAUCAAGUACAGCACCAGGCGGCUUGAAGGGUUUGGGCUCACAGAUGGGGAAGGAAUGGAAAGGCUGUGGUCUUUCCUCCGAAGAUUUGCCAGAGUCACAAAGGAGAUGACUCCAUCUCACCGCCUUGACCUGCUGACUGAUGCCCUUUUACAUUAUGGACGGAGGAAAUCAACUGACCUGGGUUUGUCCACUGCUGUAUAA